AUUGUUUUUUACACACACACAUAAUAAUGAAGAAUGGCAUGAACAUUGUUUUAUACACACAUAUAUAAUGCAGAUUAAAAUUUUCAGGCUUAGAGUUGGAGUAAUUUGAUUCCUCAUUAUGUUAUAUUAUAUAUGUGUGUGUGUGUUCGUGCGCAUGCAUAUGUUCAUAUAUUCUCUUUCAUUGCCAAUUAUUAUUUGGGCAGGUUGUUAUGGAAAAGUUGGCCGAGUUUGACUUGUUGAAACAUGCCAAUAAACCAUCAUUUUCGCUUAGUGGAGGAAAUAAAAGAAAAUUGUCUGUUGCAAUUGCAAUGAUUGGUGACCCACCUAUAGUUAUUCUUGAUGAACCAUCCACAGGUAUGGAUCCCAUUGCCAAAAGAUUCAUGUGGGAUGUAAUAUCUAGGAUCUCAACAAGACGAGGAAAGACUGCUGUAAUUCUGACUACACACAGCAUGAAUGAAGCCCAAGCCUUAUGUACCAAAAUAGGGAUAAUGGUUGGUGGACAAUUGCGAUGUAUUGGAAGUCCACAGCAUCUAAAAACAAGAUUUGGGAAUCAUUUAGAACUAGAGGUCAAACCUACCGAAGUGAGUUCUGCAGACUUGCAAACCCUCUGCCAAGAUAUUCAAGAAAGACUUCUUGAAGUCCCGUCUCAUCCUAGAAGCUUACUUAAUGACCUUGAAAUUUGUAUUGGGGGCACUGACUCUGUCACAUCAGGAAAUACCUCCAUUGCGGAGAUUAGCUUGACACGAGAAAUGAUAAGCUUAAUUGGGCACUGGCUUGGUAAUGAAGAAAGAGUAAAGACAUUGAUCUCUUGUACUCCUAUCUUUGAAGGAGCUUCUCAGGAACAAUUAUCAGAACAACUGUUUCGUGGUGGUGGCAUUCCAUUGCCAGUAUUUUCUGAGUGGUGGCUGUCUAAACAAAAAUUCUCAGAAAUUGAUUCAUUUAUUCUCUCUUCAUUUCGUGGAGCAAGGUGCCAAGGGUGCAAUGGUUUGAGCAUCAGAUAUCAGGUAUUUUUAGGUUAAGAGCUUUGUUAAUGCAAAAAUUCUUUGUUAUGAUGU